AUGGAGAUUCAACACUUCAGCCACCAUCACCCCUUGAAACUCAAACCGGUAGAUCCCAGCCGAAUUUACGGAAUCAAUUGCUCCGCGUGCGGCCGAUCCUGCUUGGACCUUGUGUAUAGCUGCAGAGAAUGUGCAGACUUCCAUCUACAUAAAUCUUGUGCUGAGUUGCCCCCGAAGAUCACUCACCAUCCGUUCCAUCCGUUCCAUCCUCUGCCUUUGGUGUUCAGUGGAGCGAGAUACGCUUGCUGCGGCUGCGGCCAAUGGGACAGCAAGCUUCUCUAUUGGUGCAGGGAGUGCAAUUUCACCCUGAGUCCCGAUUGUGCUCUCGAGCCAACCUCAAAAUACGAGUUCGUCGGAGAGGGGAAAAUUCAGUAUUUCUUGCACAAGCACCCUUUGGCUCUCAUGGAAGUGGAUGAUGAUGAUAUAUGCUCAGCGUGUAAGAAAUGCUGCUCGAGUGAGAGCUAUUCCUGCCAACACUGCCCGUCCUUCAGAAUUCACAAAUCAUGUGCUGGGCAAUUGCCGCGGGCAAUCCAACAUUUCUCACAUCCACAACAUCCUCUCAUCCUCCGAGCCAAGGAUUCCGUGUUCGAUCGACCAUGUGUUGCGUGUCAGAGAUCGGACAACGUCUUGACCUACCGCUGUAGCAUGUGCCGCAUCGAGAUGGAUCCUGAAUGCGCUCUCAUGCCCACCAAGCAUCUCAUCUGAAACUCGGUUACACCCUUUUCUAGUAAGUUUGCUUUACCUGGCGGGAGCUUGAUCCAGAUUGCUUACCUCCAGUUUCUACAGUCCACAGUGUCCAAUUCCCAAUGACGCUUCCUCCCUCAAAUCUCACGGUUCACAUCCAUUUGAUUUUCAUGGGCAUUGUAAAUUCCGUUCUCGUGCAGGGUAGAUGUUCCCCUUGCUUUUUGUUAAGUGAUUUGUUGUACUUUAACAAGCUUUCAUCUGCUGUUCUCUGGAAACAUUGACAGUGAUGGUCUCUAAACAGAGUAAUCUCAUUGCAUUAUCAUUUGCUAUCA